AUGACUUAUUACCGAUUAAUACAUUAUCUACGCAGAGAUGAUGAUUACUUCAAUUUUGUGACUCGAUUGGCUAAAAAUCAGCAGAAACAGCGGAUGAUUGUUUUCGGUGAGCAUCUAUUAAACGUCAGUCGAUUUUGGCUCUCCGUUGAUUUCACCUGUACGCCCGAAAAAAUGAUUCAUUCACCGUAUUUAAAUGUACAAAUUGAGAAACGAAUAGAUGAUCGUAUGCUACAAUGUAUUGUCGAUACCUUAGGUUCAAGUAUAACCCGCCCAAUGCAAUUAUGUGUCGAGCCGUCUCAGCUAAUGCCGGAAUCUGCUAUGGAAAAUAUAGAAUUUACACAAAUUAUUUUGGAAGAAGCAGUGACUCAUUUGUUUCCUGUUUAUAUCCAAUUAGUGUUGAUUAGUAUAUGUGCCACAUUAAGUGCCAUAUUUUCGGGUCUUACUACUGGUUUGAUGGCACUGAGUACCGAUGAUCUUAAGUUAAUAGCGGAAGGUAGUGAAGAUAAGAAAGAACGUGAAUAUGCUUCUAACAUUUUACCAUUACGUUCUCAGGGCAAUUUCUUACUUUGUUCAAUUGUGCUGGGUAAUACUAUUUGCAAUACAUUGGUUACAUUACUUAUCAACGAUAUGUGCGAAUCUAUCAAUGAUUAUUUCGUUUAUAUAGUAUUAUCGUUGGUAAUACCUACUACCAUAAUCACUUUGCUUGGAGAAAUUGUUCCGCAAGCCAUAUGCGCACGCCAUGCUUUGUGUAUUGGUAGCCGAACACGCUACUUGACAAUAUUUUUUAUGGUGUUUUCUGCUCCUAUUUCAUAUCCCUUUUCACUUAUUCUCGAUUGGCUGCUUGGCAAAGAAGGCCGAGACGUGUAUGAUCGAAAAACCCUUCGCGUAUUAAUUACUAUGCAACGAGACUUAACCAAAGAAAAAUUAAGCAAUCAAAUGGAUGGUGAAACAACGGAUUUGGUACUGGCGGCUUUCGAUUUACCAGAAAAAAUAGUCAAAUCAGUAAUGACCCCUAUCGAUAAGAUUUUCAUGCUAUCUGAUCAAAGCGUUAUCGAUAAAAUGCUUCUAAAAGCUAUCGCUGCCAAAGGACGCACCAGAAUUCCAAUCUACAGUGGCAGUGAUCGCAAUACAAUUAUGGCCAUACUAAAUAUGAAAGACUUGCUGCCAUUUUGUAAGACAACUUUUUUAAAAGUUGGUACAAUUGUGCAAUUGUGGAAGCGUAGUAAUCAAUUCCGCUUCAUUAUUGAUAGUAUGCCAGUUUUGCAAUUACUUAUUGAAAUGAGAACAGGGAUACACAUUGCCAUGGUGGUUACUUAUGAUGAACAAAAACGGGAUUAUAUUGUUCAGGGACUUGUCACACUUGAAGAUCUCGUCGAAGAGGUGGUUGGAGAAAUCUUUGACGAACAAGACGUAAGAAUUCGAAGAGCAGGUCAAGUGAGCCGAAACUGGCGAAGAACGCACAUGUAUACGUAA